CCUCUUACCUCGUUAAUUACGAACCACCAAGGUCAUCCCCGUAACGCCAUCGCCCAAAAUGCAGCUCAUCCGCGGCGCCCACAAGCCCGAGACAGCCUCGCGGCAGCCUACCGAAACAUUUACCGGGACGGUGCAUAUGGAUCCCAUCUUCACUGCUUCUGAUUGCAUGGGCAACAACGUCAUGUUCACCUGCGGCGCCCGCACCUUCUGGCACACGCACGAACGCGGCCAAAUCCUAACCGUCACGAUGGGCGAGGGCUUCAUUUGCUCAAAGGGCGAGGCGCCGCGACGGUUGAAGGUGGGGGAUGUGGUGCAUAUCCCCGGUGGCGAGACGCAUUGGCAUGGUGCGACGGAUAGUACUGUCAUGGCGCAUACGGCUAUUUCGCUUGGGAAAACAUCCUGGCACGAAGAGCUGCCGCAGGAGGAGUACAAAAAGGCGGUGGAGACGGCGCAGUGAUUUGGCGAGGAAACUAAUUAGAUGUCGUCGCUCAGGAAAAAGGAUAGAGUGAGCACGUAUCAUCACUUGGAAUACAGAGUAUACAGGU